GCAUGUGCGAUGGAUGGAUUGACAGCUCGAACAAUCGGGGUCACCAAAUGCAUCCCUUUCUCCCCGCUCUAGCAUCCCGCCUGAGCCCUCUAAUGUCGAUGUCACGGCCGAGGCCUACCGGAUUUUGUCUCGCCCGAUAGGCUCUGGAGCAGUCCACAGCUGAGGUAUCUUGCUAUUUGGCGACCCCUUGGGUAUCGACGACACGUCGGUCUCGAUUAGAUAACAGGCUCGGUUUCCGACCUCGUCUUACAUCCUUCGACAGCCACCUGUUCCAUUCCAAUACGGCCUCGCAUUCCAGCAUUCACACCGUGUCAUAAUUACCUUAUUCGGGAGCGCCAAUAUCCCGACGGUUUGACGGCGGCCCUCUAGAGGGGAUCAUCGGCCAACUCUGACGCCUGUCCGAAAUGGCGUCCCGAGCUAGGCCCUCGAGCUCGCGGAGCCCAGCGCCAGCCUCCCCGUCGGUUACGGCCAAGUCGACGUCCGACCCCGUCCUCCGCAACGCCCUACGAUAUACCAUUUCGGCGCGCGAGUAUGCACUACUACACAAAUAUGUCAUUUCGCGAUCGCGCAUGCUCAAGCGGCGAGCCCCGACCGUUGACACGGUGCAGAAGAUGAUGGACGGCGCGCCGCAAUCCCGCACACGCGCGCAGUCGUCCAGCAGGCCCGAUAAGGGCAAGGGGAAAGGGAAGGAGGCCGAGCGCGCCGAUGACAGCGCGGCUGCCGCCCGAGGCCCUCCUGCGCGAGGCACUGACGACUAUAACGCCCGCGCCAUCCGGCACUCCAUCCGCGUCUUUGUCGCGACGGGCGCGUUGAUGAAGCUGUGGGGUAUCGUGUCGGCAAGGUUGAUGGGGGCCAAGAAAGAUCCGGCGUCGGCGAACAAGAAGAAGCAGCCGCUGCACAAGUCUCCGACUCUCCGGCUCUCGCUGUCCCUCAGCACCAUCCUACUGAUGUAUCGACUCCUCUUCCGCUUCUUCACGCGCCUGCGCGCCCACCUGCUGGAUCCGACAGCAGCCCCGUUCCGGAAGCGUAACCCCAAGACAGCAAGCACGCUGACGUCGCCGUACGCCCCUGCAGUGGGCGCAUCGCUGGCGGGCCUGGCCCUCGGCGUGUACCCAAGCCAACAGCUCCGCGUGUCCAUCGCGGUAUACACGCUGUUCCGGGCGCUCGAGUUUGGAUGGAACUGCGCCGAAGACAACGGCAUGGUCUGGGGAUGGGAGAAGGGCCUCAACGGAAAACCUGACCGCAAACGAGCGAGGCCGUGGUGGUGGGGCAGCUGGAUGUUGCAGCCCUUUGCGUUUGGGCAGCUGCUUCAUGCCUCGGUCUUUGACCGCGAGUUGGUACCCAAGACGUACACCGAUUUCAUCUUCAAGCACUCGACAUCAUACCUGAGCACUAAGCCGCUAGACUUCCCGUCGAGCCUGAGAUGGCCAGGCACAUACGAGAUUGUGGAGAGUCUUAGCGAGAUGGCCCGGCUGAACUGGCCGGCGUUCAUCUCACCUACACUCUUCCCCAACAAGGACGACACCCUGCCGGCGAGCCUGGCAGCGAUCGCGCCGCUUACCUCGGGAGCCCACCCGCUCAUCAGCUCGCUUUCGUGCGCCACGAUUCACCCGGCAGACCCGUCGUGCACGCGAAACUUUCUGACGUUCUGGCUGCAGUCGUUCCCGCCCAUAACUCGCGUGCUGCUGCUGGCCUACUCGGCCAUGCUGCUGCCGCGGUUUAAGGCGCUCUACCACUUCCCCGUGUCGACGCUGCACCGGCUGCUGUCGAGCGCGCUGCGCAUGUCGGCGUUUAUCACGGGCUCGCUGGCCACGGCGUGGUCCUCCAUCUGCUUCUUCCAGACGUGGUUCCCGCGCGCCUUUCUGCCCACGCAGCGCUUCUUCCUCGGCGGCUUCCUCGCGGGCUUCUGGGCGCUCGUCGAGCACCGCGGCGGCAACCGCGGCGUGUUCCUGUAUAGCGCCCGCGUUAGCGUCGACUCGCUGUGGAAGGUCGGCGUCAAGCGCCGCUGGUGGCGCGCCAUGAAGGGCGGCGACGUCUGGGUCUUCGUGCUCGCCCUCAUGCUGACCGGCGUCGUCUACGAGCGUGACGCCAGGGCCGUCAAGGAAGGCAGCUGGCGCAAGGGCAUCAGCUGGGUCCGCGGCGAGGGCUGGAAGGACUGGGGCGUCGAUCCCGAGGACGUAGAUAACGGGGGUGAUGAUGACGAUGAUGCGCGCGUCAAGGACGAGUGAAGGGGGCAAUCACUUAAUUAACUGGUGGGCAGAGCGACGCGGCAGACGAUUGCUGUGAGUUUUUUGUUUUGCGAACGAAAGCCGCGAUGAGAUUAAGUACUUUACUACCGGAAUGGUGAAAAUGACACAUGAGAUUACCUGUCCUCCCAUUUUCGUGCUUGGCUUGCCAUGGUGGAUCAAAGUCUGGAGUGCUCGUGACUUUGGUGUUUGCGGGUUUCCUCGAUUAUACGAUUGUGGAGAUGCUUUCUC